GUGGCUGUAGCUUUGAUGAUGGGCCAGGAGCCUGCGACUAUCACCAGGAUUUAUACGAUGACUUUGAAUGGGUCCAUGUCAGUGCGCAGGAACCCCAUUACCUGCCCCCUGAAAUGCCUCAAGGUUCCUAUAUGGUCGUGGACUCCUCAAAUCAUGAUCCUGGAGAAAAAGCCCGACUUCAGCUGCCUACCAUGAAGGAGAAUGACACGCACUGUAUUGAUUUCAGUUACCUGUUAUAUAGCCAGAAGGGGUUGAACCCUGGCACUUUGAACAUUCUAGUUAGGGUGAAUAAAGGACCACUUGCUAAUCCAAUUUGGAAUGUGACUGGAUUCACUGGUCGAGACUGGCUUCGGGCUGAGCUGGCAGUGAGCACUUUUUGGCCCAAUGAAUACCAGGUAAUCCUCUGAGAUUUUCUGCUGUGUACUUUCAUGUAUUGGGUCUCCCUGUAUAUGGGAAUUAUAGAUAUAAAUAACGGACUGUGUUCCUCCCCAUUGAACCCCGUCUCCUCAUCCUUGAGGAGGAGUUUGGAUACAUUGGCACAGAACCUUCUAACUAGAGACAAUAUUUUCAUGCAUACAAAAACAUCACUUCAGCCCACAAUUGUUUGCUUGGUGAAGGGCUACUUACUUCUGAUUCUGAUGCAUAUAUUUCUAUAUCUUUGUGCAGGAAAAAUAGUUUUUUUUCCCAUUAAACUGCAAUAUUCUGACUG